AAUAUAAUUCAUGUAUGCGGAGGAUCAACUUCGAGAGUUUUAUAUUUAUUUGAAAGUUAAAUCAAAUGACCCCGUCAUUAUUUUUGAAUCUAAAGUAAAUAGACUGUGUAAUAACAAACAUGGAUUUAAGAAUAGGAACUUUGCUUUAGUUUAAGCUAAGUAAAAAGGUCAAUGUAAGUGAAUAAAAGGGUCAAUGCAAUUGGAGUUAUUGCUAACCUUAUGGAGAUUGACUAUAAAGCUGCAGGUUUUAAUAGCAAUUACUAUUGAUGGCUGUGAGAGAUGACCAUCCAUUGAACAAUUGAAAUAAUUGAGUUAAGAGAAAACAGAUUUAAAAGAAUAAAGUUGACUCACCGAUAAAAUAAUUUUACAAUAUUGACUGAGUAACAGGUGUGAAUUGAAGAAAAAUGAUUAUGAAAUAUUAUUACGGAUCUGUGUUAAUGUGCUUUACAUUUACACUGCUGGUAUUACUAAAACACUUAGCACUGAACGCUUUACAAUUGUUGAAUAUUGAUGAACUUUACUUAGGGUCGGUGAGAAAAACACCGGAUGAAACUAAACUUUGUUACUGUCCUCUGUUGGUCAAAACAAAGCUUGAGUUGUCCAAUGAAACCAGUAAAGGAUAUGGAGUUUAUGCAAUGGAGGAUAUACCUAAAGGUACACAAUUAACUUAUAUGGAUUGCGCUCCGGAUGCACCAAAAUGGCCAGUUUGUUUGCUUAUAAGACAGGAUAUAUUUAUCAAAGAUUUUGGAAAGCAGGUGUCCGAUCAACUCAUGGAAUUCAUCAUCACCCAUACAUUUUAUCUAAAUUCUAUAAAAUACCAUAUACUGGAGCUGAACCCUAUUACAUAUGUGAACCAUUGUGAUGUGCCAAAUAUAGGCGGAUAUGACUAUGAUGUCGCCAUCAGGGAUAUUAAAAAAGGUGAAGAAUUGUGCGAGGAUUAUAGGACAUUUGAUAUGUAUAAUGAGUAUUUUGAUCUAAUGAGAAAAUUCAAAGUUUAUGGUACAGAUUGGAAAAAUCCUUUACAUUAAGGUUACAGUGCUAUUAAACUUGGCGUCUGUUUUGAUUUUUUUUAAAUGAUUAUGAUUAUUCAAAAACCUUUUUUAGAUUCAUUAACACAGGCUGGUAUCGAAAAAAUUGUCCGCUGUGACGGAGCGUGCUAUUUUGCAUAGAAACACUAGGAAAUCCACACAAUUUAUUUUUUUACUCAUAUGUUUUGCUAUAUCAAAGAAAAUUACUGACUCCAUGCAAUGAAUAUAUCAUUUGCGGGUAACUUUAACUUCUGUUUGAAGUCCAACAACGCUAAGAGUAAAAGCUAUUGAAAACGG